AUGAAUCAACAAGGAAAUAUCAAUAAUGAGACCGAUGAUGAUUAUAUAUCCGAUCAUUCAGAACCUAUCCCAGACUCUCAAAAUCAACAUCAUCGUAAGAGAACAGUUAGUUCAUUUGCUUCGUCUAUCGUUAACAAUUUAGUUAGUCGGCCUUGUUGGUUUUGUGAAUGGUAUUCAACAUUUGUGGUUAAACAUUCAUGGUGCUUUUUAUUACUUGGAUUUUCUAUUUGUAUUGCUCUUGGUUUAUCUGCAAUACUACUACGUGAUUUACCAGAUUUUAAUGAUCCAACAAAAGGUUUUGUUCCACGUGGUAAACAUACAUUAACUUCACGUUUAUUUGUUCUUGAAAAAAUCAGAAAUAAACUUGUUGAACAAUUAGCUGCAGCAAAAAUAAGUAAUAAAAGUAAAAUAUCAUUAACAACAAAAUCAUCAUUAUUAAUCAAUCAAAUAAAUAAAAAUCAUGAAGAACAAGAAGGAGAAAUUGACGACGAUGAUGAUGAUUCAGAUUAUGAUGUUCCUUUAAAUGAAAUAGAACUUAAAGUUGAUUUAGUAUCCAAUCCAAAUGCUUGCGCAUUUGUGCCAUCAAGUCGAAGUCAAUGUUUAACUAAUCAACAAGUAUAUACAUUAUUACAUAAUACAACUGAUCUUAUGAAAAUAUCGAAAACAAUUGAAGAACAACUUUAUAAACCAAAUGAACAUAUGUGUACAUCGAUUGAUUUAAAUCGUCAUUAUGAAGUUUAUUUUGAAUCAAGUGAUAAAUCAUCUCCAAAUUUAUUAAAUAUUGAUAAUCUAUUAUCAUUAUGUAAAAAACAAUAUGAACUUGUUGAAUUAUUUCAAUUACAUUCAACAUGUCAUUAUACAUUACCAGAAAUGGUUGCUUAUUUUUCUAAUAAAUCAGAUUGUCGACAAUUAAAUGCAAAUGAUAUAAACAUUUUUAUUGAUCGUAUACAACGUUGUCAUGCAUUAUAUGAUACUGGUCUUCUUCGUUUAGCCGGUUUAAAUCGUUAUCGUGCUGCACCAAUCGAUUUAUUUCAAUAUGAUUCGUGUUUUCGAUAUAAUUUUACAUUUUUAACAUUAGAAUAUUUACUAGAUAAAACAUUUUUAUCAACAAAUCAAACACGUUAUACAGCUAUGUGGUUUUUAAAACCAACUAAACCAAUAAUAACUGCUAAUGGAAGUGAAAUUCAUAAUGCAAAUUCUGCACAUGAUUUAUUUAUUGAACAUUUUUAUCAAAAUCCAAAAUUUGAUGAUGAUAAAACACGAGUAUCUGCAUUAAAUUUUAUGGAUAUUCGAAUUCCUUCAGCUAUGAAACAAAUUCGUGCUGAUAUGUUUUUUGUUAUAUUAGCUAUAUCAUUAAUUGUUGGAGUGACAAUCAUUUAUCUUCGCUCAAUAACUGUGGCAUUAAUGACAAAUAUAUGUGUAGUUUUAUCAUUUGCUUGUGCUUAUUUUUCAUAUAAAAUAAUUUUUGGUAUUGAUUUAUUUCCAUAUAUAAAUUUAAUGGCAACAUUUAUUUUAAUUGGCAUAUCAUGUGAUAAUGUAUUUGUUAUAUUUGAUGCAUGGUAUUCAGAAAAAUUAGAUAUUUAUAAUGAAGCACGUUUACGAAGUCGUUCUGUAGAAUUUUAUGGAAAAUUAACCGAUAAACAAGAAAAACAAUAUCGUCGUGAUCGAGAAUAUACAGCAGCAAUAUUAAGAAAGCGUUUAAUAGCAAGAAAUGAUUCUGAACAACAUCAAAAAGAUCAAACUGGAGAAGAAGAACAUUUUGAUUCAAUUAAAAAUACAGAUUUAAUACGGAUGAUGAAAGUCAAUGAUGAACAAAUGAUACAAAUGCUAAUAGGAGUUUUAAGACAUGCAGCAGCUAGUGUUUUUGUAACAAGUUUUACAACAUCAGCAGCGUUUUUUACGAAUAUGAUAUCACGUAUUGCUUAUGUACAGUUAUUUGGUUUAUUUAUGGGACUUUGUAUAUUAUUUAAUUUUCUAAUGAAUGUAACAAUGAUUGUAUCAUUUGUAAUUGUAUAUGAAAAAAUUUGUGAACCUCUAUCAGCUCGUUUUGGUUUAUUUAAUCAUUUUCCUGAAGUAUUUGAUAAAAUAAUGAUAACAUUAACUCGUCUUAAUCAUGCUAUAUUUACUGUUUAUAUUCCACGUAUUAUAAUAAAACUUCGUUAUAUUUUAAUAAUAAUUUUUUUAAUACUUGGUAUUGUUGGUUUAUUUAUUGUUUUUUAUCAUCCAAAAUUAACUCCACCAAAAUCUCGUCGUUAUCAAUUUUUUCAAUUAUCACAUCCAUUUGAACGUUUUGAAUAUCAAAUGCGUGAUGAAUUUUUAUCUUAUAUUAAUGAAGAUAAAGAUAAUAUAACAAAUCCUUUAUUAGUAUUUAUAUUUGGUAUUGAAGAUACUGAUUUAGUACAUCCAUUUAAUCCUGAUCAACAACGAUAUAUUGAUAAUGAUAAUUUAGUUUAUAAUAAAAAAAUUGAUUUUUAUGAUCCAGAUACAUUACGAUGGUUUGAUACAUUUUUAAAAGAUCUUAAUCGAAGUGAAUUAUUUACUAAUGUUCAAGACACUUACGCACACUGGUUAACAAUUGGUCAAUUAUUACGUGGAUUUUUAACAUCAAAUUCAAAUAAUGAUAUAAAAUAUAAUGAAAAUGAAUUUUUUGUUCCAUCAACACGUAAUGAUACAAUGAUUGCAAUGAAUCGUUUAUUUAGAUUUGUUAGUGAUUCUAAACAAGUUUUAUCAUCAAAUGAUGGCAAUCGUGGAAGUGAUAAUUUUCGACUUGGAUUUUUACCUGAUCCUAAAACAUAUUAUUUACGUGCAUUUUUAUUUCUUGUUAAUAUGAAUGUUACAUUUGAUACAUUUUCUGUUCAACAUGCUUAUUAUCAAAAAUUAGAAGAAUAUUUUGAUAAACGUUUAGAACAAUUAGAAUUAUCUGAAGGUUUAAAUGGACAUGUUUAUGAACAAGUUAAACAUGGUUGGUUUGUUUCAUCUCAAUUUUUAUUUUAUGAUUUAAUGCGUGAAGUUAUUCGUGGUACAUAUACAUCUUUAAUAUUUUCUAUGGUAUUUGCAUUUUUUGUACUUUUAUUAACAUCUGGAAAUGUUGUAAUAACAUUAUAUGCUAUGAUAACAAUAACAUUUAUAAUAGCUGAUACUGUUGCAAUAUUUGUAUUAUGUGGUUGGGAAUUAAAUAUUCUUGAAACAAUUAUUAUUAUUAUGAGUGUUGGUCUUAGUGUAGAUUUUACUGUACAUUAUGGUGUUGCUUAUAUAAAAGCUGAUUGGGAAAAAUAUCAGGCACAUAUUCGAAGAACAUCAAAUGCAUUAAAAUUAUUUCAUUUAAAUAAUGGAAAUCCAAUAGAACAGUUAUUAUUAGAACAAGUACCUCAAAAAACAAAAAAAUUAUCUCAACCAUCAUUAUUUAAACGUAUUAAAAUUUGGCAUAAAAAAGGAAAUUUACAACGUUUUCGUCGUAUUAAAAAUAGUCUUAUUCGUGUUGGUUCAGCUGUAUUUAUAGCUGGUUUUACAUCAUUUCUUGCUGGUUUAUCAAUGUCACCAAGCAAAUUAACAUCAUUUUCACAAAUGGGAUUUUUUCUUAUGUUAAUUAUGUUUAUUAGUUGGUUAUAUGCAACAUGGUUUUUUCUACCAUUACUUUCAUUUAUUGGACCAAUUGAUAAAUUUGCUGAUAUACCAUUUAGUAAAUUAUGUCGAUGUACUAAACCAUCAUCAACAAAUAUAGUAGAAACUUUAACAACUAAUGAAGAUGAACAACAACAUUCAAAAGCAAAAUUAAAUGAUGAACAACCAAUUUAA